AUGUCCGCAUCCUUCCCCCCGGACACAUUACAUUUUCCUCCAUUGUCUCGUCCCUUCUUGGACCCUUAUCUUCCUCCGCUCUCCGACGACAAGCAUAAUGAUACAGCAACUGAGCGAGAAGAAAAGAAAGAAAACGGGCUUUCUCGUCCCUUUACGACACUUACGUUUGCCACAUCUCUUGAUUCUUCGCUCUCAUUAGCGCCAGGCGUGCGCACUAUAUUGUCUGGCCCGCAUUCAAAAGCCAUGACGCACUACCUCCGCUUCCGCCAUGAUGCCAUCCUCAUCGGCGUUGGGACUGCGAACGCUGAUGACCCCGGUCUAAACUGUCGAAUUGAAGGCGCAGGUGGGUAUGAGGAAGUGAUUCAUGCCGAUGCUGCCGAUGCACCGCAGAAAGAGGACGCUCCAUCCGAUCCUGAGAUUCAAGAUGUAAUGAAAGCCGUUGCUGGGGACCAGGCUUCAUCAAAACAGAUGCAUUUAUUUCAAAGCCAUGCCGACCGAAUAUCAGAUGAACAAACCGCCGCGGAUACUGAGAGAAUACGAAGACAGCAAGGAAUGCUACACCAGCCACGACCUAUAGUUGUCGACCCAAAAGCUCGGUGGGUUCUACACGAACAUUCCAAGAUCAUUCAACUGGUGAGACAGGGCAAGGGCAAGGCACCUUUGGUAUUAAUUUCGAAAACAACUACUCCGCCUCAGAGAACACGAGCUCUUCUGGAGAAAUAUGGAGGAAAGUAUAUUGCUCUAGAUACGGUGGAGAGCCCUGAUGAUGAUAAUAAUAAUAAUGAUGGUGUUCCUCGUCAGCAUUUCGAUUGGAACGCUAUUCUGGACGUGCUCUACACACAGGAAAAGAUAACUAGUCUGAUGAUUGAGGGCGGCGGGUCGAUUAUUAAUUCGCUGCUUUCUGAACAGCGAUAUAGCGGUCUCAUUGACUCGGUUAUCGUGACUAUUGCGCCCACAUGGCUAGGGCAAGGGGGCGUGGUAGUUUCACCUAACAGACGCGUUGAUGAGGACGGAUAUGCGAUUCCGGCUUCGAGACUAACGGAUGUUAAGUGGUGUCCGUUUGGUGAAGAUGUUGUUCUGUGUGGGAGGAUUUCGAAGACUUGA